CCAAUAUUCGGUGUAUAAAAGGCCACAAAUCAUCAAGGGGGAGCAUCAUUAAGCCAACAACUGAAAACCAUUCAACAUGCGUCUAUUUGUGACACUUUGCUCUCUGCUGGUUCUUAGCCAAGCCAAGCCCCAGGGCUAUAACUAUGGCAGCGGAGUGUCUGGUUCUUUGACCACGUCCGGUUCCAGUGGAGGAUCCAGCGGCGGUUUCCUGACGGCUCCCAGCCAUUCUUCGGUGGCUUCCUAUGGACCGCUGGGCGCAUUCCAGACCGCCAGCGUUGGCUCCCUGGUGGGCAGCUCCUCUGCCCCCCAUUCGGUGAGCCACUAUGGCGGUGGUAAUGGAGCCACCUACACCACUGGUGGCGGUAAUGGCCACGCAGCCACCUACUCGACUGGUGGACAUGGAGCCACCUACUCGACUGGAGGAAAUGGAGCCACCUACAGCACUGGUGGCUCUUCCAACUACGGCGGUAGCUCCUUCACUGGAUUUGGACCCACGCCCAACAUUGGAUUCGGUGCUCUGGCCGGCUAUCAGGCACCCACCUACCAGCAGCAGCAAGAGCAGGAGGUCCAGCGUGGCUUCCAGGAGCCCAUCAUCCACAAGCAGUUCUUCACCGUCGCCGCACCCGAAGAGCAUGAGAAUCUGGAGCGCUCCAAGCAUCUGGUGAUUGGACGCCCGCAGAAGAACUACCGUGUGGUAUUCAUUAAGGCCCCAUCCUCAAGCAAUGCCAACGUCAAGCUGUCCGCCGAAUAUGCACCCAAGGAGGAAAAGACCGUCAUCUAUGUGCUCAGCAAGAAGGACAACCAGCUGGAGGUCAACGAUAUUGCCACGCCCGCACCCACGGUGCCCAGCAAGCCGGAGGUCUUCUUCAUCAAAUACAAGACCGACGCCGAGGCCUCUCAUGCCCAGCAGCAAAUUCAGGCCGAAUACGACAGGAUCGAAGGAACUUCAGAGCACCAGGAUGGUGGUGUGGCUCCCGCUCAGUCGGUUGUUGGCAUUUUGGAUGGUGGUGCUAUUGGUGCCGCAAGCUCUGGCAGCUCUAACUACGUUUCCGGAGGCACUACUGGCUCCACUGGCGGCACCUCUCACUACGUUUCCGGUGGCACUGGCUCCACUGGUGGCAGCUACACUACGACCUCGUUGUCCGGCGGCACUUCGGGCGGAAUCACAGGAGGAGUCAUCUCCGGUGGCAACAUCAUCAAGAAUGCCCAGAGUGCCACCUAUCUGCCACCCAAUGGCAAAUAGAUGUUGUUCAUCAGAAUAGUGAUAAAUAGCCACCAAUUUUACUGUACAGUCAUGCAAUAGUCAAAGGUUUUUUUUUUAAACAUACAUAAAUACACCGAAAUACAAGAAUAU